ACUACAAAAUCAUGAAAAAAUUAAUUUUACUUUUUGUGAUUAUAACAAUACAAUAAAUUUGGUUAAAUUUAUAUAUCAUUUCUACGAAAAAUCAUAAUAUUGACCAACUGAAUAUUCAUAGUAGUGUACGUGUUAUUUAUGAUAAUGUAUGAUUCCAUGUUCGAGGACGGAACGAAAACUUUGCUAUCGUUAUACUUUGAUGUUACAGUAUUUCAAUAUUAUUAUAUUCCAAUUGAAUUCGAGAUUUGGAACUCCAUCGAUUGAUAAAUUUCUUAACUUUUUCUCUAUUUCAUACUAUUCAGUAUAUUCAUAUUGUUAACUGAAUGUUUUGUUUUGUAAAAGACAAGCAAUCAACAACAUAGGUAGUGGAAUAAUAUAUAAUAAGGUAAAAUAUAUAUUAAGAUAAUAUAAGCGAAGAUAAAAGAAAGCAAAAAUAUAAGGUAACUAUUGUUAUAACAAUUAUUGUAUCGAUCACAGGUUGAUAUGCAUUUUACAAUAUUAAUAUAUAUGUAUACAAAAAAUUCGAUGGAUGAGUGAAUAUCUCAAUUUUCAUAUAUUAAAAACGUAUGCGUUAUAUAAAUUUUCAUAUUAUAUCGAAAAUUUCACGAGGAACACGCGUAUUAAUUCGAGAUCUCCAAAGACUCGAUUCCUGAAAAAUAAUCAGGACGUCCUCGUUCAUUUUCAUUGUUAAAUAAUUAACGCAUGCUCGACAUUCAACUCAUCCUCUAUCUUAUCCUCGUGCCCUGUAGUUACGCAGCUAUUACAUGUAGCAGCAGCCUAUAAGAUCACUUAGCAUGCGUGACGACGCAUACUAACGCGUGUCAUCGAAACGCGCUCAUAGUUUGAAUAUAUCCAUCGAUAUACAUCUAUUAAUGUGAUUAUAUACAUACAUAAUUCAUAAUAUCGUGUUAAAUUAUUUUUAAAAUGUCUCGAUACUCUUUUCAUAUGAUGAUAAUACGGAUACAAAUAUAGAAUAAUUUAGAGAGUAAAUAUACAUAACCUAUCUUUCUAGAAAAUCAUAUAUACCAAUGUAUACCAAUUUAGGAAAAUUACAGAGAUAUGUGAAAUAGUGUAUCGAGACGCGAUUAUGCACGUUGUAACCACUAGGGAUAACACAUGCUUAAAAUGCUGUUAUACUAUAAUAUUAGUAUAUUAUAUUAUUAUAUCUAUUCUUUUCAUAGAAUUAUUCGCCUGGACACCGUACCGAUAUCGCUUCACAAGACCGUAAUUGUUUGCUGCCUACCAGAAUUACCAUGUUUUGCCGAGCAACCAAUCCUAUUGAUAAGAUAAUAGAUAUCACGAAUAUUCGUGUAUGCAAAAUUAAAAGAAAUUAGUGAAUCGCGGUCAACGGUCGGUUCUUGAUCCUAUCUGCUAUUGGAUUUAAACAAUUACAAUUUUGUAUCAUAAAUUGUCAAUAAUUUCUACAUUAUUGAUUUAUGUUUCUAAAAUGUCUUAUCAGAAUUCUAGUCAAUUCGAAUAUCUAUACACGUAUGUAUGAAUGUAUAUUCGUAUACAUAUAUGUGUACUACAACUUAUGAUAUGUAGUUGUUCCCGAAUUUGUAUUAAAAUUUUAAUUAGGUAUCCUUUCCAUAAUCUGAGAUUACGAAGAGAUGUUGAUGUCUGAAAUAUCUUUCUUUGCAAUAUUGCGUGUUAUGAGCGAUGGAUAUGCGAUUCUGUUUCCUUUCGUGUCCCUAUACGUACUUAUAUGUACUUAGUUCAUCAAACAGAAUGCGAUUAUAAAUAAUGAAGAAAAAAAAAAUGAUGUCAAUGUGGAAAGAAAAUUAAUUGUACGUAUUUACAUCAACUGCUAAUCCUUUGUGUAAUAAUUUUGUGCUAAUCAAGAAAUAAAAAGAGAAAUAAAAAUGAAGGAAUGAAGAUGUACGAGUGAGACAAAGUAAGAAAAAUAAUGAGAGAGAGAGAGAGAGAGAGAGAGAGAGAGAGAGAGAGAGAGAGAGAGAGAGAGAGAGAGAGAAUGAAAGAGAAAGAGAUUAACUUAGAGAUUAUAUAUAUUCAGUGUACAAUUACUUGAUGUGGGAUCAAAAAAAAAAGCCUAUUAACUGACAAUCAAAAAGAAAUGCAUUGUACAUGCAUGGAAAUUUAUUUACACAAACAAGAUUGCAAUAUCUUUGUUGCGAAUUUGUUGUAAGAAACAAUCAAAUUGAUUAAACUUUUCAAUUAUUACAUGGCCGAAUCAUCAAGACACAAUGAAAUAAUUAAUAUAUAGUAUACGUAUGCGAGUGCAUACGUAUAUAACUGAAGUUAUAUGUAUGUAUGUACAAAUAGACGCAAUUACUAUUCUCGUGCAUCUGUAAUAAAUAUACAAAUGUAAAUAAAAUGUCGUUAAUAAGUUGUGUGUUAAUUGUAUUUAAAAUUUUUUUAGAAGUUUGAUACACAUUUACAUAUGCAUGUAUAUCCAAUUAAUAUUUCUAAAAUGAAAUAAAUUAAAUUAUAAUAGAAAUCAUUUCACAAUUUGGAUUCUACUUAUGAAAACAAGAAAUUAUAUCAUUAUUACUUAAUGAUUUAAUUCUUUUAGAUGAAGAAUAGAUUUAGACAAUGAUAAGUUAUUCUUGCAGUAUUGUAAUUUAAUAAUUUUUAAUAAAUUAAGUACAAAUAAUUUUUAAACAGAGAGAGUUACAAUUUAGAAAGACCUGAGAUAUUGGAAAUAAGAAAUUAUUAAAUUAUACGUAAAUGUAAUAUAUGCAAACUGGUUACCAUGGAAAGUUACAUAUUCUAUAGGUUAACAGAUGGUUAUUGAGAAAUCAAUUAUCACAUUGCCUUAAAUAUACUAAAAAAGUAUGACAAGAAGUGUAAAAAUAGUUUUUUAAAUUAAGAAAUAGAAAUAAUCGACUUUUACCUAUUAUUACCUAUUAUUUUUUCUAUUUCAUUGUUGAAAUAGAAUUGAUGUGUAUAGUGAUUUGCGUGAUUUUAGAUUUUAUCAAAUCGAUCAAGAGGAAGUAUAAUAUUCUCUGCUGCUAACCAUAUAUUUGUAAAGAAAGUAGAAAAGAAAAUAAUUUGUAUAAAUAUAACUUGAGUAAUUUUUAUAGAACAAAAUAUGUGUCAAUAUAUUAUAUGCAAACAACAUAUCUCCAAUGAUGUAAAUUACAAGAUUUGUAUUAUAGGGAUUAAAUUUAUUUUAUAAUUUAUCUUGAUAUAUUAACUAUUAAUUUUUAUUUAUUUUUAUUUUUAAUUGAAUAUAUUCAACAAAAAAUCAUAGAAGAAAAAAAAUUAAAAAAAAGUGUAUGUACAUUUUAUGAAAACACAUGAAAAAUCUGUAUUGAACGUAUAAAGGAAAAAAUGCAUAAAUACACAAAAAAUAAAUUUAAAUAUUUGUCACUAUGUGAAGAAAGAGUAAAAUUUCGAGAUCGACUUAUUGAUGCAAUAAAGAGAAAAGUAUUGGAAGAAAAAGAAAAGGAAAAAAGAGAGCAGGAAUUUUAUGAAUUUGAUAUAAAAGAAAUAGAAAAAAGGGAUGAAGAUAUAAUUAUAAAAGACGAAAAUGAGAUUUUACGAUACUAUUAUUAUUUGAUACAAGGUAUCGAUGAUGUUUACAUAGGAUCAAUAGAUAUCAAUCUUUUGAAAAAUAUACUGAACCGUAUUCCAACCAAAUGGAAAGAAGUAUUCAAAAAUACUUUAGAUAAUUUAGUGAAAGAAGUAAAAGAUGAAUAUUUAUUCAGUAUAAAGAAAGCAGUCAUAGAAUUCGUUAUAGGGGAGUCGCCAUAUCCCUCGUUAUAUGAGUUUGCUGCAAUUGAGAAGUUUCAAUUUAAAGGAGUACGAUUUUCAAAAGAGCAUGAAGUUCAAUAUCAUUGGAACAGAGCGAAGAUCGAGAGAAAGCUGGUACUAUAUCAUCCUAUUAUACGACGAAUUUUUGAUUUGUGGCAUCGGGAAUUCAGUGACUGCAAGCUUUUAUGCGAAGUGGAAUUGGCAAACCGGGAAUAUAUUACGGAUCUUGAAGUAUUCGAGAGAACUGUUUCAAAAAUGUAUCAUAAGACAAAGGAGGAUCUUCUAAAAUAUUGGUUACCAAAAAUUCAAGCGUUUUUCAUUACGGCACUCCAUCGAGACGAGUUACCACGUCGAAGCUCUGCAAAGUAUCGAAAAUUCUUUAAUUGCGUCGCUGUCAUCAUGGAAGAACAAUUACGAGGAGUUUUUUUGCGUUCGGUAGAAGAGUUUUUCAAUUAUCUUCACGACAAAAACCAAAUGCGUCGUGGCUUUGAUAUAAAAAUAGUAGUACGAAACGAACGGAUAAUAUUCGAACCAACGUUUAGCGGGUUUGUGGAAACGUUUUCGACGAUAUUAAAUUUUUUGCGAGAGACUAUUAACGUGUUUCCACGCAUUGAAACACUGUUGAAUGAAACUUUUGAUCCUAAUAAAAAAUUACUCCAGCCGUAUAUACCGACAGAAUUUUUGAACAAGUGCAAAGAAGACAUCGAGCAACUAAUCGAGAAAGAAAAAGUUGGCCCGAUCGAACAUUUGAAAAUAUUUGAUAAGUAUGAGAAUUUUAUAAUCGAAUUAGAAUCGAACAAAGUCGAAGAAUUUAAAAAACUCGAUACCUCGGAAAACUUCGAUAAAUAUCACGAUCUAAUAGACUAUUACGAUCGUUUAUCCCGCGAUGUAACAAUCGAAUAUACUGAAACUUAUUAUGUCGGAUUUUUCAUUCUACGCCGAAAAGAUAUUGUUAAAUAUAUUUCUAUGAUGGCACAAAAAUUUAAAAAUAUGUUGGUCACCAAAAUGAUUAGCGAGUAUCAGCAAAAAUCUCGAGCCGUGGGGAAUGAAUAUCAACGAAUCGUGGACCGUGCGCUAACCGUUCCAGCGAACACGAAGGAAUUGGUGGAGCUGCGAAAAUUCAUACAUACCACGGAAACAGAAACUAUUUCCGAAUUAGAAACUCGAUUAAGAGAAAUUAUUAAAUAUAUCGUUAUGCUAUCGGAUUAUUCCCUCUUAAGCGCUAUCGAGCUUAAACUCAAUAAUUUCGCUUUCCAAUGGUUUGACAAGCUUCCGGAUAUUUUCGAGGAACACAGAAAAAUAGUUGCAAGCAAAAUUGGAGAAUUUCAAAAUACUCUUAAGAGGAAAAUCGAGCAGUUUACGCGGGAUCUCGAGCUGUACGCAAAAUAUUGCAACGAAUUACAGUAUUGGGGCAACAUAGAAGAGAUAUUUCGAUAUAGAGAUAAAGCUAUAUAUUUGGAAAACAAAUUGAUCACAGCGAUGGAUACGAUCGAUGAAUUUAACGAGGAAGAGGAAUUGUUCGGUUGGGAAUUGUCCCAAUAUCCUUUACGGAAAGCGACAGCCGACAAAUUGGUGCCAUUUAAAAGAUUGUACGAUAUAUCUUGUGACUUUUUAAACAACUACGAAAAAUGGAUGAAUUCGAUGAUAGGUACUUACGAGCCGGAUGAGAUCGACAUGGAAACAGGAACCGCUUUUCGUACAAUCUACAGAUUGGAAAAGAUUAUACAAGAACCGAUAGCGAAAAGUCUCGCUGAAACUGUGCGAUUAAAGAUAGAGGAAUUCAAAGAGCACAUGCCUAUUAUAUAUACUCUUGGAAAUACCUCUAUGAAGAGCCGUCACUGGGAACAAGUGUCGGAAAUUGUCGGCUUUCCUAUAAAGAUCGACGAGACGAUGACACUUGCCAAGAUUCUUGAUUUCAACUUGAUGGACUACGUUGCGAAAUUCGAAGCAAUAGCGGAAGCAGCCACGAAAGAAGGUACCUUGGAAAAAUCAUUGGAGCGAAUGCAUCGGGAUUGGGAAGAAAUAUCAUUCACUGUUAAUCCUUAUCGCGAUACUGGCACCUAUGUAAUCGCCAGUGUAGACGAAAUACAAAUACUCUUGGACGAUCACUUGAUCAAGACUCAAACGAUGAAGAAUUCUCUUUAUAUCAAACCAUUCGAAAAAGAGACGUUAGAAUGGGAGGCCAAACUAUUAUUGUUACAAAACAUCAUGGAUUAUUGGUUAAUAGUACAAUCAACGUGGAUGUAUCUGGAACCGAUAUAUUCGUCACCCGAUAUUCAAAAGCAAAUGCCAGAGGAAAGUCGACGUUUUAGUGCUGUGGACAAAAUUUGGAAGGAAAUUAUGUCAAUUGUAGUGGAGGAUCCUCGAGUUAUGUCAGUCGUUGCAAUCGAUAAAAUGCUGGAAAAACUUAAGAAAUGUACAAACUUGCUAGAUUUAAUACAGAAAGGACUUACCGCCUAUUUGGAAAAGAAAAGAUUAUACUUUCCACGAUUCUUUUUCUUGUCGAAUGAUGAACUCUUGGAAAUAUUAUCGGAAACAAAAGAUCCUACCAGAGUUCAACCGCAUCUAAAGAAAUGCUUUGAAGGAAUUGCAGAAGUUAAGUUUACCGAGUAUGAUUAUAUAAUAACAGCUAUGAGAUCUUCUGAAGGAGAGGAAAUUGUCCUUGAGGUCACUAUUGAUACAAUGGCUGCUCGAGGUCAAGUUGAAAAAUGGUUACUCGAGCUUGAAUUUGCUAUGAAGAAAAGCGUUAAAGCACAAGUAAUUCGAGCAAAGGAUGCAUAUUUAAUAGAGGUUAGAACGCAAUGGGCUUUACAUUGGCCCGGUCAGACUAUUCUCUGUAUCAGUAAACUUUAUUGGACAACCGAUGUGACAGCGGCCUUAUCAAAAUCUUUACAAGCUGUAAAAGAUUACAUUGAUGUUUGUACACACGAAUUGAACGAAAUAGUAAAAUUAGUACGUGGUAAAUUAACAAAACAGAACCGUGUAACAUUAGAGGCAUUAGUUACAAUGGACGUCCACAGUCGAGAUGUUGUAUCUGGAUUGUACGAAAAACGAAUUUCCCAACCGACGAAUUUCCAGUGGUUGGCUCAAUUAAGAUACUAUUGGAUAGAAGAUAAUUUAUGGUCAACGAUGAUAAAUACGUCUUUAAGAUACGCAUACGAGUAUCUGGGCAACACAUCUAGGUUGGUCAUAACACCGUUAACGGAUAGAUGCUAUCGAACUUUAUUCAGUGCUCUAAGCUUGCAUCUUGGUGGUGCGCCUGAAGGUCCAGCCGGAACUGGGAAGACUGAGACUACUAAAGAUUUAGCUAAGGCUGUAGCCAAGCAAUGUGUUGUAUUUAAUUGUUCAGAAGGUUUGGAUUACAUAGCUUUGGGUAAAUUUUUUAAGGGGUUGGCAAGUACCGGAGCAUGGUCUUGUUUCGAUGAAUUUAAUCGAAUCGAUUUGGAAGUAUUGUCAGUGGUGGCGCAGCAAAUCUUAACAAUUCAACGAGCCAUUAAUGCUGGACACGAUUCAAUAAUUUUUGAAGGUACCGAGAUCUCGUUAGAUCCUACCUGUGCUGUUUUUAUUACGAUGAAUCCCGGUUAUGCUGGAAGAACUGAGCUUCCUGAUAACUUGAAAGCGCUAUUUAGGCCAGUUGCAAUGAUGGUGCCAGAUUAUGCUUUAAUCGCCGAAAAUACGUUAUACUCGUACGGAUUUUACGAGGCACGACCACUCUCCGUAAAGAUCGUAACAGCUUACACGUUAUGCUCGGAACAAUUGUCCAGUCAAAAUCAUUACGAUUAUGGAAUGAGAGCGGUGAAAUCCGUUUUGAUAGCUGCUGGUAACUUAAAAAUAAAAUAUCCGGAUGUGGAUGAGAAUAUUUUAAUACUGCGCAGUAUCAAAGACGUUAAUUUACCCAAGUUUCUUAGCGAAGACUUACCAUUAUUCAACGGUAUCACAUCCGAUCUAUUUCCUGGUGUGAUACUUCCAGAGGCCGAUUAUACCGAUUUGAAUUUGUGUAUCACAGACGCUUGUACAACGACCAAUUUGCAAUGUACACCAUGGUUUUUGGAGAAAAUACAUCAAAUUUUCGAAAUGAUGAUCGUUCGUCAUGGAUUUAUGAUCGUCGGCUUUCCAUUCGCUGGAAAAACAGAAGCGUAUAGGACUUUAGCUAAUGCAUUAACCCUUUGCGAAGAGAGGAAUUUAAUGAAUGAACGUAGAGUAGAAACUUUCGUGAUGAAUCCUAAAGCAAUUACAUUGGGUCAAUUGUACGGUCAAUUUGAUCCUGUAUCUUACGAAUGGACUGAUGGUGUUUUGGCAAUUAGUUAUCGUGCUUUCGCAACAUCGACCACUCCAAAUCGCAAAUGGUUGAUAUUUGACGGUCCAAUAGACGCGGUAUGGAUAGAAAGUAUGAAUACCGUAUUGGAUGACAAUAAAAAGCUUUGUCUAAUGAGCGGAGAAAUUAUCCAAUUAGCACCAUAUACCAAUUUAGUGUUCGAGACGAUGGAUUUGGAACAUGCCUCACCGGCAACAGUUUCUCGUUGCGGCAUGAUCUACAUGGAACCAAAUGAUCUUGGCUGGGAUCCUUUACUUCAAUCUUGGAUAAAUACUCUUCCUGUUGUUAUAAGUCCAUGGUUAAGAAACUUUAUAUACGAGUCAUUAUUUCGAAGAUUUUGCGAUCCUAUACUUUAUUGGUUACAUCAGGGUAACACCGAAAUAAUAUGUCCCAUGCAGGAUACAAAUCUUGUACGUUCACUGACCUAUCUGAUGGAUUGUUUUAUCGAUGAAUAUCACGAUGAAAAAAUUGCCAAAAAUAUCGAUGAAUUAGAUCUUCGAGCACAAAUCGAGGGUUCAUUUUUCUUUUCUUGUAUAUGGGGUCUGGGAGGUAAUGUGCAUACAAAAUCGAGAGAAAACUUUAGCAAUCUCUUCCGUGGUUUUCUCGAAAAAACUUUUCCUCCUGAUUUGAUAAAAAGUUAUAAAUUGAAAGCCCCAAUAGAUCCACCUUUAAAGCCAUAUAUAUUUCUUAUGCCACGAUAUGGUCUGAUUUUUGAUUAUAGAUUCAUCAAAGAGGGCAAAGGAAAAUGGAAACUGUGGUCCGAUGAUUUGAUCGAUAGUCCACCAAUCCCUCGAGACAUACCUGUGAACCAAAUAAUAGUGCCUACUGUCGAGACGAUACGAUACAUAGCUUUAUUUCGUUUAUUAGUAGGAAAUAAAAAACCUGUGUUGCUUGUGGGUCCAACCGGAACGGGAAAAUCAGUUUAUAUAAUCGAUUUUCUAUUGAAGAAAAAUAAUCCUCAGGACAAUAAACCGUUGAUCAUAAAUUUUUCCGCACAAACUACGGCGAAUCAGACUCAAGACACAAUUAUGGGAAAGUUAGAUAGACGACGGAAAGGUGUUUACGGAGCGCCGAUAGGCAAAAAGUGGAUCAUUUUUGUUGAUGAUCUUUCAAUGCCAUUGAGAGAAAUUUACGGGGCGCAACCUCCAAUCGAGUUGUUACGACAAUGGCUAGAUCACGGAGAAUGGUUCGAUAGAAAAGAAAGAACCAUGAUAAAAUUGAUCGAUGUACAGCUAAUGUGUGCCAUGGAUCGACCAUAUCGUGGUGGAAAAGAUGUUACACCUCGAUUUAAAAGGCAUAUGGUCGUUUUAGCAAUAUCAGAGUUUGAAGACGAAGUAAUGUUUACGAUAUUCAGUAAAAUCUUUCUUUGGCAUCUUGACACCAGAGGAUUCAGCAAGGAUUUCGACCCAUGUAUGGAAGAAGUUGUUAUGGGUACGUUAGAUGUGUACAAGGAAAGUCUAAUUAAUCUUUUACCAACUCCAGCCAAGUGUCAUUAUGUCUUCAAUCUUCGUGAUUUCUCCAAAGUGAUACAGGGCGUGCUAUUGUCAGUGCCAGAAACUACACAAACUAUAUCCCACAUGAGGAGACUUUGGGUUCACGAGAUACUUCGAGUGUUCGGAGAUCGUUUAAUAGAUCAAUCCGAUAUUUCUUGGCUUGUGAAGCAAAUACGUGUUACUCUAGCAAACCGAAUGCUCGUGGAUAUAGAUGAUUUGUUUGAAGAUCUUAUUAUUUCACGCGACAAACCUGAAUUAAUCACCGACUUAGAACUUCGAAAUUUAAUAUGUUGCGACUUCGCGGACACGAAAGCGGAGAUACGACUUUAUCAAGAGGUUCAGAAUCUUGAAGAGUUACGAGAAGUAGUAGAAAAUUAUUUGUCUGAAUAUAAUACGGUGUCAAGAAAGCCGAUGAAUUUAGUCUUAUUUCGAUAUGCUAUCGAACAUUUGUCUCGAAUUUGCCGUAUUAUCAAACAACCACGAAAUCACGGACUUCUUGUCGGAGUUGGAGGUACAGGAAGACAAUCGUUAACUAGGUUAGCUUCACAUAUAUGCGAUUAUGAGGUUUUUCAAGUUGAAGUCACUCAAGUAUACGGAAUGGCCGCAUGGCACGAGGAUGUAAAAGCAAUUUUAAGACGCGCCACUGCCACUGAUCUUCAUUCUACCUUCCUCUUUUCCGAUACCCAAAUUAAAGAGGAAAGUUUCCUCGAAGAUAUCAGUAAUUUGCUCAAUUCUGGAGAGAUACCAAACAUAUUUAACAUCGAUGAAUUAGCAGAAAUAUACGAACAAAUGAAGCAAAUAGAUAGACAGCGGGAUCGAGCACUACAAACGGAUGGAAGCGCGGUGGCUCUGUUCAAUCUUUUUGUUGAGAUAACACGUGAUCAACUCCACAUCGUUAUAGUAAUGUCUCCUAUAGGAACUAAUUUCCGAAAUAGGAUCAGAAAAUUUCCAGCACUAGUGAAUUGUUGUACCAUCGAUUGGCUUCAGCCAUGGCCGCCAGAUGCCCUGUUAGCAGUUGCAACUAGAUUUUUAUCAGCGAUAGAACUUACGGAUAAUGAAAGAAGCGCCGGUAUCGACAUGUGUCAAUACUUUCAUGUUUCCACCGAAAAUUUGAGCACAGAAUUCUUAAACCGGUUAGACAGAUAUGUUUACGUCACUCCAACUUCGUAUCUUGAAAUGAUAAAUACAUUUAAAUAUUUAUUAACCAAAAAACGAGAGGAAAUAAUAAACGCGAAAACUCGAUACGAACGUGGUUUGGAACAGUUAGACGAUACGCAAAAACAAGUCGUAAUGAUGCAAGAUAUGCUUAAGUUAUUACAACCGCAACUAAUAACCGCCACUCAAGACGUUGAAAGGAUGUUACUUGAGGUUGAAAAAGAAAGUCACGAUGUUGAAGAAUUUGAGAAAAUUGUAAAAAUUGACGAAGCUGCAGCCGCGGUUUAUGCAAAUGAAGCGGCCGCAAUUAAAGCUGAAUGUGAUGCCGAUUUAGCUCAAGCAUUGCCGAUUCUAAGACGUGCGCAAAGCGCUUUGGAUACUCUGACAACAGCUGAUAUUGCUAUAGUAAGAGCAAUGAAGAAACCACCAGGAGGAGUGAGAUUAAUCCUCGAAAGCGUUUGCGUUCUCAAGCAAAUCAAACCAGAGCGAGUUCAACAACCUGAUGGUACAUAUAUCGAGGAUUAUUGGAGGUCGUCCCUAAGAAUGUUGAGCGAUGCAAGAUUUCUCGAUUCGUUGCUCAAUUUUGAUAAGGAUAAUAUCCCCGAUCACGUGAUUGAAAAAAUCCGGAAACAAUACUUGACCAAUCCGGAUUUCGAUCCUGAAAAAAUAAAGAAAGUAUCCACGGCAUGCGAGGGAUUAUGUCGAUGGGUGUUUGCAAUGUCUGAAUACGAUAUAGUGACGAAAAUGGUUGCUCCCAAGAGAAAAGCUCUAGCAGAGGCGCAGAGCGUUUACGACAAAGCCAUGGAAACUUUGGAAGCGAAACAAAAACAACUUCGACAAGUACAGGAAAAAUUAAAAAUAUUGGAAAAUCUUUUGGAAGAAAGGAGAGCAGCUUUUCAAGAAAUGUCUGAUAAAGUGAUGGAUUGCGAAACAAAAUUAAAACGUGCGGAAGAUUUAAUUGGAGGAUUAGGCGGAGAAUACACGCGUUGGUAUGAAACCGCAAUAGCUUUGGGAGAAAGAUACCAUCGAUUAAUGGGUGAUAUUAUAAUUGCUUCUGGUAUUGUUGCAUAUUUGGGUCCUUUCACAAUGCCUUUUCGAAUUCAACAAAUUGUUCUAUGGGUGGAACGAUGUACCAAUUUACAAGUGAUUUGCACUUCAGAUUUUCAGCUACGUGAUAUACUUGGAGAUCCAGCUUUAAUUAGAUCUUGGAAUAUUUUUGGACUUCCAAAUGAUGCAUUUUCCAUCGAUAAUGGCAUUAUUAUUAAAAAUUCAAGAAGGUGGCCAUUGAUAAUAGAUCCUCAAGGUCAAGCCAAUAGAUGGAUAAAAAACAUGGAAAAGGAGAAUAACUUGAAUAUUAUUCGGUUAACUCAAGCUGAUUAUGGACGAGCAUUGGAAAAUGCAUUGCAAUUUGGACAACCAGUAUUGCUAGAACAUAUUGGCGAAGAACUGGAUGCUAUACUUGAACCGAUUUUACUUAAGGAAACAUUUAGACAAGCUGGUGCAAUCUGUAUAAAAUUUGGUGAUGCGAUUAUUGAAUACAAUGAUAACUUUAGAUUCUACAUCACUACGAGAUUAAGAAAUCCACAUUAUCUACCAGAAAUAGCAGUUAAAGUAACACUAUUGAAUUUCAUGAUAACACCAACAGGAUUAGAAGAUCAGUUAUUGGGUAUUGUCGUAGCAAAGGAAAGACCAGAUUUGGAAUCGGAAAAAAACAUUUUGAUUGUGCAAGGAGCCGCGAACAAGAAAUUGUUAAAAGAAACGGAAGACAAAAUUUUGGAAGUAUUAUCGGCAGCUGAAGGUAAUAUAUUAGAGGAUGAAGAAGCGAUAAAUAUUUUAACAUCGUCUAAAAAUUUAAGCGACGAAAUUCAAAUAAAACAAGCGGUAGCUGAACAGACAGAAAAGUCAAUCGACCAAGCUAGAUUGGAAUACACUCCUAUCGCAAUAUAUUCAACCGUAUUAUUUUUUACCACUGCUAUGUUAAUAAAUAUCGAUCCAAUGUAUCAAUAUUCGUUAUCAUGGUUCGUAAAUUUAUUCGAAUUGGCUAUUGAUCAUACAGAACCAGCGGACACUGUUGAAAAUCGACUAAGAGAUCUUACAAAAUAUUUCACAUAUUCUCUUUAUGCAAAUGUUUGUAGAUCUUUAUUCGAGAAAGAUAAGCUAUUGUUUUCUUUCUUAUUGACGUUCAAUUUGCUAGAACAACGAGGACAAAUUUCUCGAGCACAUUGGGGAUUUUUACUAUCGGGUGGACUCGCUAUCGAAAAUCCACAUAUAAAUCCAACAACAUGGCUACCGACUAAACAAUGGAAUGAAUUAUGCAAUCUUGAUGAAGUCGAGAAUUUUUUGGGUAUUCGAAUAACAUUUACUGAAAAUACUAGAAAGUGGAAAGAAUUAUUCGAUGCUAGAGAACCGCAAAAUGCGGACAUCCCUUAUCCAUUUCACGAUGUGAAUCUAUUUAAAAGAUUGUUGAUAUUAAGAUGCAUUCGUCCUGAUAAAAUCAUUCCUGCAGUGCAAAAUUUUGUAGCAGAUGAACUUGGCGAACAAUUUAUUAUACCACCACCAUUCGAUUUGGCCUCAUCUUACGCUGAUUCGAACAGCUGCAUUCCAUUGAUAUUCAUAUUAACACCUGGUACAGAUCCAGCGCAAUUGUUACUCUCGUUUGCAAAUGAACAAGGUUACGGCGUGAGUCGUCUUUUUUACAUUUCUCUUGGUCAAGGACAAGGACCAAUUGCCGAAGAAAUGAUUCAAUCAGCUGUUAUUGUUGGUAAUUGGAUCGUUUUGCAAAACUGUCAUUUGGCAAUUAGUUGGAUGGCAACUUUGGAAAAAAUUUGUGAAGGCUUUAUGCCAGAUACAAUCCAUCCAGAAUUUCGUUUGUGGUUGACAAGUUAUCCGUCAGAACAUUUCCCCUCCCUGGUUUUGGAAAGCAGUAUAAAAAUGACUAACGAACCACCUAAAGGUCUAAGAGCUAAUAUUAUUAGAUCGUACUUGAGUGAUCCAAUCAGCGAUCCGGACUUUUUCGAAUCUUGCGUACAAACUGAGUAUUUCAAAAAACUUCUUUACUCCUUGUGUUUCUUCCACGCUGUGAUUCAAGAGAGAAGAAAUUUUGGUCCGAUUGGUUGGAAUAUUACGUACGAAUUCAACGAGACCGAUCUUCGAAUCAGUGUUUUACAAUUACAUCUUUUUCUCGAUGAAUUCCCGGAUGUGAGAUUCGAUGCACUCAAGUAUUUGACCGGAGAAUGUAAUUAUGGUGGAAAAGUAACGGAUAGUUGGGACCGCAGAACUUUAAAUACUAUCUUGAUGAAAUUUUAUUGCGAAGAGCUACUUACUGAGAAGCGUUAUUAUUUCGAUGAUACCUCAACGAUUUAUUAUUGUCCAAUUGUAAGAGAAUAUGAAGCUUUUUUGGAAUACACAAGGAAUUUGCCCUUAAUUACUCCACCAAGUGUCUUUGGUAUGAACGAAAAUGCUGAUAUUAUUAAAGAGCAACAAGAAACGGAUCUUUUAUUUUCAUCACUUCUAUUAACUCAGGAUCGUUUGGAUCUCUGGCAAUUAAAACAGGAAAGAAUUAAAACUGGAACAGGAGAAGAUAUUAAUAAUGAAAUAGUGCUUAGAAUGGCGAAUGAUAUUUUAAAAAAAUUACCGGAAGAUUUUAAUAUUGCAGCAGCGCUCAGAAGAUAUCCAAUGUCUUAUAGACAAAGUAUGAAUACUGUAUUAGUACAAGAAAUGGGAAGAUUUAAUAAACUUCUUGGCUAUAUAAGAAUGAGUUUAGAAAAUAUCAUAAAAGCUAUAAAAGGUCUUGUUGUCAUGUCAUUUGAACUAGAAGAUGUUUAUGACGCAAUUUUAACUAACAAAAUACCUUGUUUAUGGCAACAAUAUUCAUAUCCAUCCUUAAAACCACUUGGUAGUUACGUACUUGAUUUAUUAAAUCGCAUAAUUUUUCUUGAAGAAUGGUAUGAAAAAGGACCACCAGUUGUAUUUUGGAUGUCAGGAUUCUUUUUUACUCAAGCAUUUCUAACAGGAAGUAGACAAAAUUAUGCUAGAAAAUAUCAAAUUCCUAUAGAUCUUUUGGUUUUUGAUUAUCUCGUAUUACAAUUUGAAAGAACACCUACAGUUCCUCCUGAUGAUGGAGUAUACAUAUAUGGAUUAUUUUUAGAUGGCGCUAGAUUUAAUAAAGAAGAAAUGAUUUUAGAUGAAAGUUUUCCAAAAGUACUUUACGAACCUAUGCUUCCUAUAUGGUUUAUACCUAUAAAAAAAGAAGAUAUAAAAGAAAGAACAAUAUAUUCAUGUCCUGUAUAUAAAACUUCUGAAAGACGAGGAGUUUUAUCUACCACCGGACAUUCAACAAAUUUUGUUAUCGCUAUAUCUUUACCUACAUUAAAAUCGUCAGAACAUUGGAUUUUGAGAGGAGUUGCGUUACUUUGUCAACUUUCUGAAUAAAUUUUUCAUUUUUUUCUUAGAUUUUUCUUAAUUUUUUAAAAAAAGAAUAAAUAAAUUUCUAAUUUAAAAAAAAGAUUUAAAUUUGAAAUAAAAUAAAAAAAUGUUUAUUAUGAAUAUAAAUUAUAUGCAUUACAAAUAUUCAAAAAAUAAAAAUUGUAUGUAUAAAA